AUACACUCCGUGGUGUGACACUGCUAUUUCCUACAUUAUUUUGUUAAGGGAAUGAACGUUCAAUGUUCUACAUGUAACGUUGUUUGUAGUGUAAUCCCUAGUCAAUAUAAACGUUCUCACAGAGCAUUUGGUAAUUUUUGCUUCAAGUGACGGAUAUGGGAGACACUUUGGGCAAUAAAGCUGUGUUUUGAAUGAUUGCAACUAGCCUAUGUUGAUUUAACAGGAAGAACGAUGAGCUGAGGGCAUGAGUCGGUCAGUCAAGUUUGCUCAAGGUUAAGAUUAAACAUCAAGAUGGAUGAACUUGAAGCUGAUGAGACAACAGAAGAAGGAAUAUGUGACAUCUACAAGGAGCAUCAGUUGUUAAUGAAAGCAAUUGAUGAACAUAACUGUGCCCUGGUACAUGAUCUAGUUCAUGGAAGGGGACUGUCCCCAAAUUUCAACGCAGACGGACAUACCCCUAUAUGCAGAGCUGCACAUCAUGGAUAUGUAGACAUUUUAGAUGUCUUGGUUGAAGGUGGGUGUGAUUUGUUCAUAUCUGAGGUGGAUAUUUGGCGAAGACAGGCCCUACAUAUAGCUGCAUCUAAAGGUCAUAUACCUUUCUGCCAGAGACUCAUGGAUUAUGGUGCUGAUGUCAAUAGUAGAGACGAUGAUCAGAGAACACCCCUGCAUUGGUCUGCCACAUACGGAAAUCCUGCUAUGACAGAAUUUCUCAUCACCAAAGGGGCCUCUGUUAACAUUUCACAGUCAGACGGGUUUACUCCACUUCACGCAGCCACCUGCCUAGGCCACAACAAGGUGUGUCAGAUUUUGUUGCAACAUGGGGCCGAAAUCAACCAGACAGACAGGGAUGGCUGGUCCUCGUUUCAUACUGCAGUUUGUUAUGGACACUACAAUGUUGUGGAGACAUUGCUGAAUGCCGGAGCUCCUUUGCAUAGGGUUACAAAUGACGAAGAGAAUGCAGUGCAUAUAGCAGCUAGUAGUGGUAAAAUAGAAAUCUUAAAACUUCUCAUUUCUCUUGGAGCAGAACUGAAUGAGUUGACACUAAGUGGUAAUACUGCCUUUUAUUUGUCAGUAUAUUAUGGUGAAUACGAAACUACAAAAUAUUUAAUAAAACUGGGUGCCGAUAUGCAUCUACCUCGAGAAAGUAAAAAGACACCAUUUUAUAUUGCUGCUGUCAAGAAUAACAUUCAGGUGCUGAAGCUGCUGAUCACUGCGGGCUACAACCUUAGCAUAGAGGACUGGAUCCUGGAAAAAGACUUCCCACCUGUCCUGCAAAAACUGCCCGAACUCUGUAAUCUCAUGUAUAAGAAGGCUUCAAAUGCCAAGUCUUUAAAAGAGACCUGUAGACUUGUGAUAAGAAAGUGUUUGAAGUUUGAUGAUUCCUUUAAGCAUAAGUUGGAUGAGCUUCUGUUACCAAUAUGUCUACGCAGUUAUUUGGCCUACAACGAUCUUGACAGGAUUACAUAGUAUGAAUUGAGUACGGCUGUGUUCAAUGAAUAAUUGAAACCAAAUAACGUAAUUAAUUGUUCGUACAUUCUUGCAAGUAUACAAUUGUUCAUCUUGGCUGAAUUACACAGAAGUAUGUCUAUAAUUGAAAUGAGGUGUAGUUUGCCAAUGCAGAGGUUGCUCUGGCAGUCACCAUAUGUGCCAAUUAACAAAUAUUUUGAAAAAUGUUGUACAUAAAACAAAAGAAAAAAUAUUAAUUUAUCAGCAACACUGAUCAGCAGGGCUCAACAUUAACGGUUGUCCUAUUGCCCCUGGCAAGUAAAGUUGGGUCCGGGCAAGUUAUUUUAUAAUCUAGUUGUCCGCCCGGAAAAGUGCAAAAAAGAACAAAGAGCAUUUAAUUUAUACUUAAUUGCUGUAAUCAUUUUGUUAAAUGUUCAAAAAUAAAAAGGGUUUUUUGGUGUAUCAUUUUGGUUUAUUAAAAAAAAAAUGAGGUUUACAGUUGAUGUGAUAUUUUAUUUUUGGGCAAGUGGCUUUACGUUCAGGGCAAGUAGAUUUUCUAAGUACCUGCCGGGCAAGUUGGUUUUUCGGUUAAUGUUGAGCCCUGACUAGUGCAAUUAACAUACAACUCACCCACAAAACAUUAUUCUAAUGGAGUCUGCAGUGUUCAUUAUUUUAUGCGAGUUGUUUUGUUACUGUUUAUUGCUGUUAUUAUACCGCCUUUGUACCAUUUUGUAAUCUUCUUGGGUGUCUAUCUGUCCACAAACUUGCCCACACUUGUUCUCUUACACUUUUCAACACACAAUAUUCAAACAUGCAGAAAAUGUACCUUAUGAUAUAAGUUUUACUUGUGCUAUUGUUAUCAUCCCUUGCUAAAAAUUACAAAAGUAGUGCCCCUUUUUAUGCCCCCUUUCGAAGAAAAGGGGGUAUAUAGUUUUCGCACUGUCCGUCAGUCUGUCACACUUUUCGUGUCCGCUCUCUAAUUCAAAUAGUUUUCAUCCUAUCUUAACGAAACUUGGUCAGAAGUUGUAUCUAGACAAUAUCUAGGUCAAGUUCGAAUAUGGGUCAUGCUGGGUCAAAAACUAGGUCACAGGGUCGAAAAAACAAAUCCAAGUGAAGUAAUAAGCUUUAAAUGGACAUAAUUAUCUGACCUGCCAAAUUAUAUAUUUUAGUUAAAUAAAUCAAAGCAGCGCAGUAGGCGGCAUUGUGUUUCUGACAAACACAUCGUGGUAAAAGGUCAAGGUCAUCCUUCAAGGUCUAAGGUCAAAAAUACAAAUCCAAGGGAAGUAAUAAGCUUUAAAAGGAGAUAAUUGUUCAAUAUUGAACAUAGCAACUUGAUAUUUGGCAUAUUUUGGAUAUGUGUAUCUCAUGGAGCUGCACAUUUUGAGUGGUGAAUCUACAGCCACGGUAGUGGCUUUUAAUUAUUUGCUACUAAAAAUAGAGAUUUGUUAGAGACUAUUAUUUUCAAGGGAAGUAAUUAAUAUAAUUAUAAAUCUCAGAUUAUAUAUUUCCUUACCAAGAAUUUAAGUUCUUUUAACAGUUACUGUACAUAUUUUUUAUUUUGAUUAUUUAUAACUGAAAUGAUUGAUUUGUCAAAGUUUUUUUUUAAAUGGUAUAAUUAUCAUUUCUUUCCUGUACUAAUUUGUGAAUGGUAGGGUUCAUUACAUACCUUUGGACUUAUGUCCAUCGAUACAUGAUGAACUCUGGCUAUGAUCUCUUUGAUAAACCACAGGCCUUGGUUGUCAGUGAUGUCUGACUUGGUCAUUUUUAUGCUCCCCCAAAAUUUAUUUCGGGGGGAGCAUAUAGUCGCCGCUUCGUCUGUCCGUCCGUGCAACUAAGCAACUAAUGACCGGAAUUCACUACCAAGAGGAGAUGUGCAUAUUAUCAGCGGGUUCUGGUCGGAUGAUUUAUCACAGAGUUAUGGCCCUUUGAAAUUUUCCAUUAACUGUACAUAUAGUGCAGUUCUUGUCCAGUCUAUUUCUCAGCAACUAAUGACCGGAAUUCAAUGAAACUUUAUGGGAAGCUUCACUACCAAGAGGAGAUGUGCAUAUUAUCAGCGGGUUCUGGUCGGAUGAUUUUUCACAGAGUUAUGGCUCUUUGAAAUUUUCUAUUAACUGUACAUAUAGUGCAAUUCUUGUCCGGGCUAUUUCUCAGCAACUAAUGACCGGAAUUCAAGGAAUUUUAUGGGAAGCUUCACUACCAAGAGGAGAUGUGCAUAUUAUCAGUGGGUUCUGGUCGGAUGAUUUUUCACAGAGUUGUGGCCGUUUGAAAUUUUCCAUUAACUGUACAUAUAGUGCAAUUCUUGUCCGGGCUAUUUCUCAGCAACUAAUGACCAGAAUUCAAUGAAACUUUAUGGGAAGCUUCUCUACCAAGAGGAGAUGUGCAUAUUAUCAGCGGGUUCUGGUCGGAUGAUUUUUCAUAGAGUUAUGGCCCUUUGAAAUUUUCUAUAAAAAAAUUCUUGUCCCCCCAACUACUGUGCCCUCAAGACGUUUCCUUUUAUCUGAAUAUAUAGUGCUAUAUUGUGACAAAAAAAAACUUUUAGGAGCAUCACCCGUCUUCGACGGUUUCUUGUUUUAACAUUUGCCUUGUUGACAUACUAGAGGUCACAUUUCUUGUACGAUCUUCAUAAAACUAGGUUAGAAGAUUUGUCCCAAUGAUAACUUGCAUGACUUGGAUAAUUUCGAAAAUGGUUCCGGUUUGUUAAAAAAAAAGAGCAACGGGGGGCAGGGCAUUUUUACUCAUGUGGCUACAAUAAAAACCUGUUCAACACUCUAGAGCUCACAUUUAUUGUCCGAUCUUCAUGAAACUUGGUAAGACGAUUUGUCCCAAUGAUAUCUUGGACAAGUUAUAAAAUUGUUCUGGUUGGUUGAAAAACGUGGCUUCCAGGGGUGUGGGCAUUUUUCCUUAUAUGGCUAUAGUAAAACCUUGUUAACACUCAAGAGGCCACAUUUAUCGUCUGAUCUUCAUGAAACUUGGUCAGAAGAUUUGUCUCAGUGAUAUCUUGAAUGAGCUGUAAAAUGGUUCCGGUUGGUUUAAAAACAUUGCCGCCAGGGGGUGGUGCAUUUUUCCUAAUAUGGCUAUAGUAAAACCUUGUUAACACUCUAGAGAUCACAUUUAUUGUUCAAUCUUUAUGAAACUUGGUCAGAACCAUUGUUCUUAUUAUAUCUUAGAUGAUUUCUCAAAUGUGUCUGGUUUGUUGAAAAACAUGGCCACUAGGGGUUGGGGCAUUUUUCCUUAUAUUGCUACAUGUAUUCUAAAACCUUUAUAACACUUUUAAAAGCCACAUUUAAAGUUCAAUCUUCAUGAAUCUUUGUCAGAAUUUGUUCUUAUGAUACCUUGGGCUACACAGAGAAUAGAUCUGUUCCUUUGUAAUUCAGGUGAGCGACUUUGGGCAUUUCCAGCCCUCUUGUUUUUGGUUGAAAAUUGAAUGUUAAAGAAACUGAGUUUAUGAGCCGAAAUAAACUGUUCAAGAAUA